CCUCCGGCACGCGCGGCGGGCCCGGGGCUGCGCGGCGAUGGCGGCGCUGGGGCGGGCGCUGCGCGGGGCCCGCGCCCCCGGGGCGGCAGCGGCGGCAGCAGCGGUACCGGUACCGGUACCAGGGCGCUGCCGGGGCGGGCUCUGGGGCCGCCUGCCCACCCUGACGGCCGCCACACGCCGGUCCGCGGCCCACUUCGCUUUCCAGCCGGACCCGGCGCCCAGCGCGUACGGGCAAACUCAGAAGAUGAAUCUUUUCCAAUCCAUAACAAGUGCCUUGGACAAUGCUUUAGCCAAAGAUCCAACUGCAGUAAUAUUUGGUGAAGAUGUGGCCUUUGGUGGAGUCUUCAGGUGUACAGUUGGCUUGCGAGACAAAUAUGGUAAAGAUAGAGUUUUCAACACCCCCUUGUGUGAACAAGGAAUUGUUGGCUUUGGUAUUGGAGUUGCUGUUGCAGGUUCUACAGCCAUUGCAGAAAUUCAGUUUGCAGAUUACAUUUUUCCAGCAUUUGAUCAGAUUGUUAAUGAAGCAGCAAAAUAUCGUUACCGCUCGGGAGAUCUGUUUAAUUGUGGAAACCUCACCAUCAGAGCCCCCUGGGGCUGUGUGGGUCAUGGUGCACUGUAUCACUCUCAAAGUCCAGAAGCUUUUUUUGCUCACUGUCCAGGAAUAAAGGUUGUUAUUCCAAGGAGUCCUCUUCAGGCCAAAGGACUGCUGCUUUCAUGCAUAGAGGACAAAAAUCCAUGCAUAUUCUUUGAACCUAAAAUACUUUACCGAGCUGCAGUGGAACAAGUUCCUGUGGAGCCCUAUAACAUUCCACUGUCUCAAGCUGAGGUGCUGCAGACGGGCAGUGAUGUGACACUGGUUGCUUGGGGCACUCAGGUACAUGUGAUCAAAGAGGUGGCAGCACUGGCUCAAGAGAAGCUGGGUGUGUCCUGUGAAGUUAUUGACCUGAGGACCAUCUUACCCUGGGAUACAGAGACCGUUUGCAAGUCGGUGGUGAAGACUGGGCGAUUGCUGAUUAGCCAUGAGGCUCCCUUGACAGGAGGAUUUGCAUCCGAAAUCAGUUCCACAGUUCAGGAGGAAUGCUUUUUGAAUUUAGAAGCUCCUAUUUCAAGAGUAUGUGGCUAUGACACUCCUUUCCCUCACAUCUUUGAGCCUUUCUACAUCCCAGACAAAUGGAAAUGCUAUGACGCUCUUCGGAAAAUGAUUAACUACUGAGCAGUGGUACAGGUGCUGGAAGGCUGCUAUGAGGUCUCCCAGGAGUCUUCUCCAGGCUGAACAACCCCAACUCUGUCAGCCUGUCUUCAUAGGAGAGGAGCUUCAGCCCUCGGAUCAUCUUCCUGGCCCUCCUCUGGACUCUCUCCAGGAGCUCCAUGUCCUUCUUACGUGGCUGGGGGGGCACAGAACUGGACACAUUACUCCAGGUGGAGUCUCACAAGAGAUUUUAAUUCUUAAUCUGGUGAGAAAUUCUGCCAUGGAUUUUAUGGGGUUAGGAUUUCAGCCUUGCUGUUGUGCCAUUUGCCAUACAGACAACACAUCUGCUUGGGCGAGGCAUUGCAGUGAGGGGUAAGAUAUUAAUUUACAGGCCACCUGUAAGAAUAAAAUUAAGAUUUUAAUUGUAGGCCACCUCUCUUCCUAUGUGUUUUGUUUCCCCCAUCACCUAUUCUCUGUGCUGCUUGUUCAUCUCAAAGAUGAAUGCUUUGGAGAAGUGUCUGUCUCUUGCAUGUUACUUAACACCCCAAGGCUUGAAAAUCAUUGAAGUAUUUAGCUAUUUAGCUAUUGCUGUAUGAAUAAUAAUAAUUAUAAUGUUAUUCUUUGGAGAAAUCCAAGCUGGCUUGCUGCACGGAUUCAUCAAAUUCUUUACAGGAACGACUUGUGUUUUUAAAAGAUGUUUAGUUUUUAGCAUUGGCUUCAGCUGAUAUUACAAGUCCAUGCAAAAAUGUAUGUAUUCUGAAUUUCUACAAAAAUAAGAUUGUUUUCUUUAAAAAUAAUAAGUUUAUGCUGGUUAUUUUUGGUGGUGUUUCAGGCUGAAAUAACACUAUAAUUAGCUGCAGAAAGUCUUGUGGCUCACACCACAGUAAGUUUUAAAUCUUAUGGAGUCUAUGGUGCAGUUUUCACUUAGAAAAAUAGAUGAAAAUAAAGAGCUUCCUAGAUUUGUUUCCCCAAUCCAAGCUGAGGAGGGGACCAGGCUAAGGUAGUUUCUGCGGUCAAACACUUUUGCUAGCAGAAUGAUGGUAGAAUCUAUUGAAACCACUACAGGUUUUGUUUGUUUGUUUGUUUGGUUGUUUUUUUUCCAAAAGGUGUCCUUAUUUUGUUCUGUCCACAGUGUGCUAAGCAGCAGCACAAAAUCCAUUUGAAAACGGUAUCUUUUGGAAAAUGAAUUGGGAGAAAAAAGCUUCAGUAAUGAAUUCAUUGUAGAAAUGCAAUGCUGUAACUGAAUUUCAAAAUGGCAAAAUGUUUGAGAAAUAAAAGGUUUCUGAGGUCAGUA